UACUCGGCUAUGCUCCUUUAAGAGAUGUUGCGUAGCAACGCGUUCAUUUUCCGGCUUGUUGCGCUCUCGCCUUCCGUAGCCGGGCAGGGGUGGAGGUAGCGCCUCCGGAGCGGGCCCUCCACAGGUGGACUUGGUGAAGCGUAACGACCCAAGGCCUGGCCGUUCCCAAGUAGCCCGGAGGCGCCACUUCAAGCUAGAGACUUGCCGCGCACUAUAGCCGGGGGCUCCAGUACACGACUAGGCCCAAAACAUCACCGGAAGCUGGGAAGACACCUGGAACCCGGUCCUGUGGGAUCUACACGGCACCGGGCGCUCGUUCAAAGAGGCCCCGCUACACCAUACGUAUAAAUCCCAGCUUCCUUGCCCUGGGGAACCUGUCUCGGUCCGUGGGGGUGACAAGCAGUUUGUUGAUAUUUACAUCUACGGCUCGACAUGGAGGAAUCCUCUCCACAAUCCUUGCUGGAUAUCUCUCUCCAUUAUCUGAGCUCUCACCUGGAAAAGUUCUGUUGGGAGCGGCAGGAUGGCACCUACUGUCUGCACGAUGCUGCGUUGUUUCCCCAAGAAGUGGCGGAUCGGCUUCUGCAGACCAUGGCAAUACAAAGGCAGCUAAACGAGGUAACGGUGGGUAUUUUCCGUGGGAGCCAGCUACGCUUGAAAAGAGCCUGUAUCCACAAGGCAAAGAUCUCUGCGGUUGCUUUCCUAAGGGCUUUCUGCCACCAUAAACUUGUUGAGCUGGAUGCUACAGGGGUUAAUGCUGAUAUUACCAUAACCGAUAUCAUAAGUAGCCUCAGUAGCAGUAAAUGGAUCAGAGAGAACCUUCAGUGUCUGGUGUUAAACUCGCUUACCUUGUCUCUGGAGGACCCUUACGAGAGAUGCUUCAGCCGCUUGUCUGGUCUCCGUGCCCUGAGCAUCACCAACGUUUUGUUCUACAAUGAAGAUCUAGCAGAUGUUGCUUCCCUUCCUAGACUAGAAAGCCUGGACAUCUCCAACACAUCUGUAACUGACAUUACUGCCCUCAUAGGCUGCAAAGACAGGUUGAAAUCUCUCACCAUGCACCACCUGAAAUGCUUGAAGAUGACAACAACACAAAUCCUUGAUGUUCUCAAAGAACUGAAGCACCUUAAUCACCUGGAUAUAUCCGACGACAAACAAUUCACUUCAGACAUAGCGUGCCGUUUAUUGGAGCAGAAGGACAGCCUGCUCAGUUUGGCUUCACUGGACAUUUCUGGAAGGAAACAUGUUACGGAUAAGGCAGUGGAGGCCUUUAUCAAGCAGCGACCCCAUGUGCAGUUUGUUGGUCUUCUCGCCACCGAGGCUGGGUAUUCAGAGCUCCUGUCCGGGGAAGGAAGUGUCAAGGUGUCCGGUGAAGCAAAUCAAACACAAAUUGCUGAGGCUCUUCGCCGGUACAGUGAACGCUCAUUCUUUGUCCGCGAAGCUCUCUUCCAUCUUUUUAGCCUAACUCAUGUAAUGGACAAAGCUAACCCAGAGAUGCUGAAGCUAGUGGUGAUAGGUAUGCGAAACCACCCUGCCAAUUUGCCUGUACAGCUUGCGGCCAGCGCCUGUGUGUUUAAUCUGACCAAACAAGAUCUCGCAGCUGGAAUGCCUGUGAAGCUUUUGGCUGAUGUGACUCAUUUGCUUUUAGAAGCUAUGAAGCAGUUCCCCAACCACCAGCAGUUGCAGAAAAAUUGUCUGCUCUCCCUGUGCAGUGAUCGAAUCCUUCAGGAUGUUCCAUUUAACAGGUUUGAUGCCGCAAAGCUUGUCAUGCAGUGGCUGUGUAAUCACGAAGACCAAAACAUGCAGCGUAUGGCUGUCGCCAUCAUUUCUAUCCUAGCUGCUAAGCUCUCCACUGAACAGACUGCACAGUUAGGAGCCGAGCUCUUUAUUGUCCGGCAACUGCUACAGAUUGUGAGACAGAAGACCGGCCAAAGCUUGGUGGACACCACGUUGAAGUUCACCCUCAGUGCCUUGUGGAACCUUACUGAUGAAUCUCCAACCACCUGCAGACACUUCAUCGAAAACCAAGGCCUGGAGCUAUUCAUGAAAGUGCUUGAGACUUUUCCUUCAGAGUCCUCCAUUCAGCAAAAAGUUCUGGGCCUGCUGAAUAACAUCGCAGAGGUGAAGGAGCUGCAUUCUGAGCUCAUGUGGAAGGACUUCAUUGACCAAAUCAGCAAGCUGCUGCACAGCGUAGAAGUUGAGGUCAGCUACUUCGCUGCCGGAAUCAUUGCUCACCUUGUAUCCCGGGGGGAAGAGACUUGGACAUUAACUUCUAAUCUAAGGAGCACUCUGCUUGAACAGCUGCAUUCGGCCAUUCUCAGUUGGCCAACACCAGAGUGUGAGAUGGUGGCUUACCGGUCCUUUAACCCAUUUUUCCCACUCCUUGCAUGUUUUGCCACACCUGGCGUCCAGCUCUGGGCAGUGUGGGCCAUGCAACACGUGUGCAGCAAAAACCCUGUGCGGUAUUGCAAUAUGCUGAUUAAGGAGGGAGGCUUGGAGAAGCUGUACCUAAUCAGAGAUCACAUGUGUGCCGACCCAGAUGUCCUUAGGAUCACCAUUGCCAUUCUGGACAACUUAGACAGGCAUCUAACAAGGCAUGGCAAUGCACCCUGCCCAAAAUCCGCUGCAUUCAAGUGAACCGAGGCUGUGGCCUGGAUCUGCCCGAUGUCUUGUGGAUUGUGUAAACUUAAGGUUUGGGGGAUUUUUGUGACGACUUUAAGUAUCAGAGUGGAUUUUGCUGCUUUUUUUGGUCACAGAGAGACAUUAUUCUGGAAAGAAAAUAAUCCAGUGUUGUUUUCUACCACUUGGCAUCGGUCCCUAGGAUGGAUUGAGGAUGCUGCAUGUGACCUGGCUGUAACUUCCGAAUACCCCCUGGUUUUGUGCUUGUGCUGAUCCCAGUAGUUUUUAUUUUUUAGUGUGCUAUGUUGGGCUUCAAGCGAACCUUAUCAACUGGUUGGACUUAAAUGACCAUGUUCCUUCUGUGAACUGCACUGGCAUUUUAAUCCUAUCUUAAUGUAACAGUGUUACCUGUAUCGGAGUCUAGUAGAAUUUAAACAACCAGUCGAGCCUAUGUACAAAUACACCUUUGGUUAAUUUGCUCUUGGCCGAUGAACAGAAGAUUCUAAAAAUGGCAUUGUUUAAAAAAAAAAAUGCUUAACCUUAACAAACAAGAA